AGCCCCCAUCACUCCCCACCCCCACCCACCCCACCCGCUGGAAAUACAAGCCCAGCCUCGGAGCGCCUUGUGUGGUAACACGCUCCGCCGCUGCCACGCUAUUUAAACGCGGACUAUGGAUCCAGGAACCGGCGCUAAUCAAUGAGAUCAAAUGCGGGGGAGAUGCACCGUCAAUUACAAGCACUUGGACAAGUCUAACUUUUUUUUUCUUUUCUUUCCUUUUUUUGUUUUGUUUUGUUUUGUUUUUUACAAAUACGCUUUCAAAAGCAAUCUUAGCAACGCCCAAAUAAGAAGCCACCUCUAAGUAAAAUAGUAUAUAUAAAGGGAGGGCAAAUAUAUAUAUAUUUAUUUAUAAGUAUAUAUAUAUAUUACAGGCGUACAGGUUUACACGCGGUGAACUUUUUCUUCCUUCUCUCUCUCUCUCCCUUUUUUAAACGAGUGACAUUGCAAAGGACUCUUCCUCUCUGUCUUUUGUUAAGUUAGUGAAAGGGAUAUUCUAUUUUCUUAGAGCGCCCAAGGGGGCGCAGGGACCUCGCAGAGAAGAGUGGGGAGGAAAGAGGAAGGGUGGGUGGGGGGCAGAGGGCGAGUCGGCAGCGAGGGCAAGCGCUUUCCUGCGGCACGAUGCCGUCCCUGCUGGUGCUCACUUUCUCCGAGUGCGUCUUGCUUGUCUGGGCGUUGCUGGUCGGCAGCACCGGUGGCGGUGGCGGCGAGGGCGCCAGCCCCGGCGGAGGGCGCCAGGAGAGAGAGGCGCUGCCGCCGCAGAAGAUCGAGGUGCUGGUAUUGUUACCCCAGGACGACUCCUACCUGUUCUCCCUGGCCCGGGUGCGGCCGGCCAUCGAAUACGCGUUGCGCAGCGUGGAGGGCAACGGGACCGAGAGGCGGCUUCUGCCACCCGGCACUCGCUUCCAUGUGGCUUACGAAGACUCGGACUGCGGCAACCGCGCACUUUUCAGCCUGGUGGACCGCGUGGCGGCGGCACGCGGCGCCAAGCCGGAUCUCAUCUUGGGGCCGGUGUGCGAGUACGCGGCAGCGCCGGUGGCCCGGCUUGCGUCGCACUGGGACCUGCCUAUGCUGUCGGCAGGGGCACUAGCCGCCGGCUUCCAGCAUAAGGACACGGAAUACUCGCACCUCACGCGCGUGGCACCCGCAUACGCUAAGAUGGGUGAGAUGAUGCUCGCCCUAUUUCGCCACCACCAGUGGAGCCGCGCCGCGCUGGUCUACAGCGAUGACAAGCUGGAGCGGAACUGCUACUUCACCCUCGAAGGGGUCCACGAAGUCUUCCAGGAGGAGGGCUUGCAUACGUCUGCCUACAAUUUCGAUGAGACCAAAGACUUGGAUCUGGACGACAUCGUGCGCUACAUCCAGGCCAGUGAGCGAGUGGUGAUCAUGUGUGCAAGCAGUGACACGGUCCGGGGCAUCAUGCUGGCAGCGCACAAGCACGGGAUGACCAGUGGAGACUACGCCUUCUUCAACAUCGAGCUCUUCAACAGCUCUUCCUACGGAGAUGGCUCGUGGAAGAGAGGAGACAAGCAUGACUUUGAAGCUAAGCAAGCAUACUCAUCCCUCCAAACAAUCACUCUACUGAGGACAGUGAAACCUGAGUUUGAGAAGUUUUCCAUGGAGGUGAAAAGUUCUGUUGAGAAACAAGGACUCAAUGAGGAGGAUUAUGUUAACAUGUUUGUUGAAGGAUUCCACGAUGCCAUCCUCCUCUAUGUUCUGGCUUUACAUGAAGUACUCAGAGCUGGUUAUAGCAAGAAGGAUGGAGGGAAAAUUAUCCAACAGACUUGGAACAGAACAUUUGAAGGUAUUGCCGGGCAGGUGUCCAUAGAUGCCAAUGGAGACCGGUACGGGGACUUCUCUGUGAUUGCAAUGACAGACCCAGAGGCGGGCACCCAGGAGGUUAUCGGUGAUUACUUUGGAAAAGAAGGUCGUUUUGAAAUGCGGCCGAAUGUCAAAUAUCCUUGGGGACCUUUAAAACUGAGAAUAGACGAAACCAGAAUCGUGGAGCACACAAACAGCUCUCCUUGCAAAUCAUGUGGUCUAGAAGAAUCGGCAGUGACAGGAAUUGUUGUGGGGGCCUUACUAGGAGCUGGUUUGUUAAUGGCCUUCUACUUUUUCAGGAAGAAAUACAGAAUAACCAUUGAGAGGAGAAGCCAGCAAGAAGAAAGUAAUGUUGGAAAACAUCGAGAGUUACGGGAAGAUUCCAUCAGAUCCCAUUUUUCAGUGGCUUAAAAGAAAGCCUUUUCUUUUGCCCUGAGAUUCUUUAAGGAGAUAGAUGGGAUGAAAGACAUCAACGGAACAGAAGGGGCGCUCUUGAAGAACUCAUUCUUUUAAGCAGUUAGUCAUUUUGUUGUAUAAUUUCUUUAGAAGCUCAGGAACUAUUAUUAAUCACCAUAUGCCUCCUGGCCUUUCAUCUCAUGACAAGCAAAUAUGAGAAUAUAACAUCACUCUGUUUAAAUAGUCAUACUGUUUCAGGGCCUAUGAUUAGAUUUAUGUUUUGAAAAUGCGAUGUCUCCAUAUCUUGAUGGCUUUUGGGGACAUUUCACAUAAGGCUACAACGUGUGGUUUUCUUAAAUGAAAUGUUUUAUAGCUAGAAUAAAAUCAUUUUUAAAGUAGAAUAUUCUUGGAAAGAAUUUAACAUCCAAAAAGAAGAAAAUGUAAUGAAAAAUCUCAAAGUUGGAAAUACAGCAUUCCUUUUUCUAGUGCUGCUGGAUGGAUUUGAGGUUGAGGAAUGCUCUGUCCAAUGUAUAUAUUCAGGUCCUGAUGUCAUAUCUUGAAAAAGGAUUUCCUGCCUGUCUCCUUCAGUGUCUCAUAAAAGCUAUUCUGGAAAGUUGUAACUAUUAAUAAGAUAAGAGGAUUUAUAUAAGAAAGGCAAAUCUAAAAUGUUUCAUUUUUUAAUGUAAAAAAACCCUAUUUCACACUAACAUUUUAUUUUUAGGUAUUUUUAAUCUUAUAUUUUGCUAUUAGAAAAUGUGUCUAUUUUUUCAUUUUGAAGAUUGAAUUUCACUUAUAUUUUAAAAGCAUGGGUAAAGUGUACCACAAAACAACGAUGAUGAAAGAUGCUUCUCUUUUUCUCUGUUUCCCUCUUGCCCUUGGUUAUAGCCAAAUGCCAAUUGCUGCUUUAAUUACAGAGACCUAGAAUUGUAUUCAGAUCACAGACUCUACAGGAGUAUAACAAUUUACCUGUUUUAUUUUUUUAUUAUUAUUAUUUUUUUAAUAUGAAAUUUAUUGUCAAAUUGGUUUCCAUACAACAACAAUUUACCUGUUUUAAAUGCAAAUUAUUUUCAGGAUGGACCUCUUCCAGUUCUGGUCAAAUGAUGAGUUUCAAGAUAAAGGGUGGAAUUUAUUGGAAUUAAGUAUGGUUUUAGGCAGCCUUUUCCCUCAAGAACAACUUUAUAAAGAGUAUUAGAAUUUAACAGUAAGCACAAAGAUGAUAAAUUUAAAAAAUGCACACAUGACGUUUUACUAAAAUUCAGUGAUGUUUUGGUUAAAAGAGGGAAUCUAGAUAGCUUUUAUAUUCCUUUUUAGUUGAUUCCACAAAGCUUAAUAGUCAUCCGCUAAUAACCCGUGUAAUGGUGGGUUAUGGGUGUAUAUGUAAGGGAUUUGAACAGAGUUGAAUAGGUAUUUGCCGAAUACCUACUUUGCACCCAAUACUCUGCACAGAGGUUUAAACUCAGGUUGCCAUUUUUGCUUAUAAUUUAUGGAGAAAACAGUGAGAGAAGAAUAGGAAGUUGCCAGAUUAGUGUACCAUCUUGUAAUUAUGUCACUAGGGGCUUUCCUCAAUAACAUUUUGAACAUCUGGAAAAUAGUUUUAAAAAUUAUCUUAAUGACUAUAAAAGACCAUGUAUAGAGAGGAAAAUAGAGGAGUUAGAAUAAUUCCUUGGUAGUGAUGGAGGUCGUAGUUGACACAGGUAAUAGUGGAGGUGGAGAGAGUGAAAGCUGUGUGUCUUGGAAGCUGGCCUGAGGUUGCUUCCCAGGAGGAGUCUGCCUCUGUCACUCCUACUUCAACUGGCCAAUGGAUUAUUUCAGUGAAUGAGUUAUUUCUGUAUAAGGCAUAUUUUCCCUCCACGUUUAAAAAAUAGGAUUCAGGCAGCUGGAGAGCACAUAACAGAAUGAGCUAUGAUCAACCAAAAUGACUAUACUGUAGUUCUCCAUAGUGGAUGUGAAGGAAAAAGUGCUGACUUCAAAAAAAGAUGGAAAAAGAAGGCAAGAAAUGCAAGCUCCAGAAAUUCCAAUGUAGGAAGAGAGUUUGGGAGGUAUAAUCUAGAAAAGCAAAACAUUUAACAGCUCAGGACUCCUUAAAGUGAAAACAUAAUGGAAGGUUUGCGUCUAUCUUAUUUUCGUGAAUUGAGAGCUUAUUUCUCUCUAAUUUUUAUUUUUCAAUGAUAUUUUCAAUGUAUUUUAGAGAUAUUCAUUUUAUACCAUCUCGUGUUCAUAAAAAAAAUUAAAUUUCAAGCCUAUGUGCUUAUUACAGGGGAAAAAUCACUCUACCUGGUUGUAGUCUUUGGGUAUAAAUGUUUCUAACCUUUCUGGAAUUUAUAUAGGGGCCCAUUAACUCUAACAUUUUUAAAGCAAAUAUCUUUUAUUUCUACUUCAAGUAGUAGAAUAGUUCUAAACUUAAUAUUUUACACCCAGAUAAACUGGUAGAAUUGAGAUUUUGAGUCUUUUAAAUGUGGCGGAACAAAUCUUGAGGUUUCUCGUAUGUGCAUGCCAUUCUCUUCCAAUCUUAAAGCAGUUCUGAUUGCUUCUUUACAUGUCUGGUUUCACUUCUUUCCUCCUUGAAAUCAUCCAUGUGUUACCAAAACUCUGUUAAGUUUUGAAAACUCUAUUACGUUGGAAAACUUUGCUAAAAGUAUAGAUGUUUGGCCCAAACUUACCCUGGGUUAAGACCUCUGGAAAUUAUAAUUUGGGAUUUAAGUUCCUAAGUGCUAAACAGCACCUUUGACAACUAGUCAUUCAUACUCCACCAGAAGCCACAUAUCAUACAGUAAAAUGAGUAAGGCUUUAGUUCUUAAAUCACCCUAUAAAUUUUUACCCUGAAAUCUAGGGUGUUCAGAUUUCAAAAGGGAAACUUCAUCAGUAUUUUUCAUCUGGACAAACAAGCUGAUGUUUAUAUAGGUCAGAAUGAGUAUAUACUUUCUGUAUAUACUUAUGGUGUUGGAAAUAAGUAUAGGUUUUAUGGUCAUCAUUGUCACCUUCUUAGGGAUUUUUCCCCCCCUGGACUCAAAAAUAAAAGCCUUCUCCAGAUGAUCAUUUCUAUCCAGAAAGAAAUUUCUGUAUAGAGUGCAUAUUUUCCCCCAGGCUGAUCACAGAUUCCAUGAGGAAGCCCUUACAGCAUUACAUUUCUCCAAACUGUCAGCUUGUCCCUUUCCUGAACUACAUACGUGGUUCCAUAGGCUUUAAAAUAGUUUGGUUAUUAUUAUUAUUAUUAUUUUUUACAUUUCAGAUGCUAUAUUUAGUGGAGAGAGAAGAGAAAGGCAUGGAAAGAUAAUGCCCUUUUCUCCUCUUCUCUAAAAUUCAGAUUUUUACUUUACUCACAGGCUUCUAGAGUUAGCUUAUUCCAGGUACCUGUGUCCCCUUUUUCCCUAAUUUACCACUUUCCUUCUGGUUGGUACUGAUUUUGGAAGUGUAAGAUAUGCCAUUGGCAGGGAAAUUAAAGCUAUUGUAUAGACCUCAUACAGUGACAAUUCAGAAAGUCGUUUCCGUGGCAUCACCACCUUCUUGUGAGUGAGUAUACUGGGCUAUUUGUAGAAGUCUGUUUAGGACGCCAAGUAAAAUAUUAUACCACCAGUAUUAAGGGGGUGUUUAUAAAUUGAAAGGAAUGCGGACCUAUGUUUCUUGGGACACAAAGAACCCAGAUCCUGAGUGGAUACAGGAUAAAGCCAAACACCAACCAAAAUCAGGCCUCUUGAUCUGUAUUUCAUGGGUUUUGUUUAGUUAUGCCCUGUUGGUUAGUGCUUCAUGGAGAAGCUGAAAAUGGGCUGAAUUUCUUCUUCACUGGAACAAACUGAAACUGUCUGAAAACAUGGAAUAUGUUUUGGGGGCAGUGCAGAAGCAUAGAAAAUGAGAAGGUGCUGUUCAGAAGGAUCUGUUUCCUUUUCAGUUGAUCUUUAAACUACAGAAUACCCAGUAGUUUAGCUCAUCUUCAAUAGCCAGACUCAGCAAGAAGCUUGGGACACACCCAGCAAGAAAAGUCAAGAGUUUGAUCCUCCGAAAGAAACAGAAGAGGGUGGCAUUGCAAGCUGCCACUGUCUUUACCACCCCUUUCUCCCCUACUCCCUCUGCCCACCCCUCCACCAUCCAUCAUGGCUCCAAAGAUGCAUCGGCAUCUUGCCCAUGCAGGUAGAGACUUGAGUAGGACCUCUGCACUUCCUCAGAGGGAAAGAAGAGAAAACAGUGCUGCCUAUAAGAAUGUAGCUGGCUUUGGAUCAGAACCCUAUGCUGACUUGACCACACAUGCUCUCGGGGCAGUUCAAGCCUGUGAUGUGCGUAUAUUCCAACAAGCCUGGCUUUGGUUUUCAGCAUGUAGAUCUCACAAAUGUCUCUUGCAGGCAUAUCCCACAGCUAGACUCUAGGAUUAAAAUGACUUUCAAAGGGUGCUGGAUUGGAGUUUGUUCAAAUUUUUCAUUAACCACUAACGUUAAUUCAUACCAAAGGGAAAGCAAUUCUAAACCAGCUGAUGCUGUUAAUGUUCAUGUUGUAAACUACUUCAAACACGGUGAAAGGGUUUCAAUGGGAGCUGAGUCUCGGAAGUAAAAAUCUGUAUGUUAUAAUAGCUCUUUGAUGUAUCAGGUGUGGAAUGAUUUCUAGGGGAAAGAUUUGAACAAGCAAAAUUAAGAGUUAGCAGAGAUGCUGUUGCUUUGAUUCACGUGUUUAAAGAUCUAAAUUUUAUGCACAGGAAUAAAGGGCCCUUCCACCAAGGGUGUAAAUAAUAACAUAGACUACCAAAUUUUGUUUGCUAGGGGAACAAAGCUGUCAUACAAUAACUGGGCAGAAAAUGUUGAGAAAGAGGAAAAUUUGGAUUUCAAAACCAGAUACUCUAUUAUUUAAUGCCGACAUCUGACAAAGUUCAGUGUGGUGUGUCUUACUUAUAAGACAGUGAUAAGGCGCUCCCAAUAACAUGCAGAUGCUGUGAGUUUGCAUACCUUUUUGCUGGGUCCUGGGACCUGAGCAUUGUGUCCUGUGUGUGGUGAAUGGUUGAAACCAAGAGGACAUGGAACAGACACUGUGGAGGAUUGCUUUUGUAGCCUUUGUCUUCUGGGCCAUUUAUUACUCAUUGUUAUCUUAAAUAUAGGACUACCAACCAAUAUAAAUCUACCAUGAGGAUGGUAGAAAAGUAAAAUAAGAGCUGCACAAGCUACAUACAAUUUAUUAUUCUAAUGUAAGUAGAACUAUCUGCAUAUAAUGUGAUUUAAUUUAUUGUUUUGUGUGGAAAAUGAAAGUUAAUGACUGUGGAUAUAACCCCUGUUUUGUAUAAUAUAUUUUUAUUUCUGGUGCAGACUGGUCAUUUAAAGUAUCUACUUCAUUUGGUGUUUGGAUAUAAAUAUGUAUGUUCUUGUAAAUGUUUCUAUUAAGCAAGAAUGCCACAUGCUCACACUAUAACAAUGGUGUUCUCAUUAAAAAUACAUCCCACAGAAA